AUGGAUUUUGUAAUAUUAAAGGUUAAUGGUCAAGAUCUUAGAAAUGCAACACAUGAACAGGCAAUUCAUGCUUUUCAAACAGCUAAAGAACCUAUUAUCGUGGAAGUUGCUCGUCGUGAUCCAAACGUUGAACUAUCACAAAAAUCUGCUCCAAAUUCAAAUUCUGGUCCUGUAAACAGUUUAGACAAUCAGAAUAAAUGUUCUGUUGCAAUUCAAACUGAUCCAAGUACAGCUGAGGCAACUUUGGCUGCGAUGGCUGCUGCCGCAUUAACAACCGAAGAUAUACGUACUGCACUUGGAAUAAGACACCCUGGUUUACCAACGAGUUUGGAGUGCAUCUACCAUCCAGAAUUUCCUGAUCUUGUGGAUAUAGUUGAAGAAGACGAUGAUGAUGAUGAUGACGAUGAUGAUGAUGAUAUUGAUGAAGAUGACGAUGUUGAUAUCGAUGGUGAUGAUGAUGAAGUCGAUGAACAGGAUAAUAAUAAUAAUAAUGAUCGAAUAAAAGAUGGUAUUACUUCAUCCAACGUGAACUGUGAUCCGAGAUCAGUUAACUGUCCAUGUUAUUCAAAUGAUAACAUAGAAUAUGAUGAAAUACCGGAUAUUCAAGAUAAAAGUAUAACAUUCCAAGAAGGAAAUGAUGGUGUCACUUGGGAUAUGGAAUUUAAUCAAUCAGAGAAUAUAUUGAUUAAAGAGGUUACAUUGUGUCGUAAAAAACCAGAUGAAAAAUUUGGUUUAACUCUUUGUUAUCGACAGGGUGAUACAUGCAAUACAAGUUGUAAUGUUUAUGUUGGUGAGUUAGAAUAUGAUAGUUUAGCUGCUCAAUGUGGACAAAUUAUGAAUGGUGAUCAAAUCUUAGGUAUUAAUGGUAAACGAAUUAAAUCAAGAGAACAUGUUAUUGAUUUAUUUCAACAAAGUAAAAAAACGGUAACAUUAUUGAUUGCACGUGAAAAAUGUCAAACAUUCAAAGAGAAUAAUACAUUAAUUAAUAUAAAUUUAACCAAUACUAAAACAUUGAAUACAAUUCAAUCCAAUCCAAUAAAAAAUGAAUCAAUCAAUCAAUUUUAUACAAAUAAUGAAUUAUCUAUAACAACUAUCAAUAAGAAUUGUACAGAUUAUCCUGUUUAUAAGCGACCUGAUCAAGAUUCUGGUAUGGGUAGGACAACUGAUGAAAGUGCACGUACAGAAGAAAGUUCAGAACAAGAAAUUGAUAAUGAUCAACAUCACCACCAUCAACAACAACAACAACAACAACAACGUACCAAUUUUAUUCAUGGAUUGGAACAAAUAACUAAAUUAACAUGUGAAAAUGAUCAAUUAAACAAUAUCUCACCUGGUAACUCAUUAUCACAAGAUGCUACAUCAUUAGAUCCCAGAUUAGCAAUUCCAUCAGAUGUAUUCAGUGAUUACGAUUCAAUUGAUCCAAUCGAUCAAGAACUUGUACAACUUGGACGUUUAAUGCAAUCAUUAGCAGUACAUUGUAAACAAUUAGUACAAGCUAAAUUGCAAUAUAAUAGAAUACAAUAUCCAUUAUCUAUUGUUGGUAAUUGUGCUAGACAACAUGAAGGAAAUGAUUCUAUUGUACAACCAAAAACAAUGUCAACGAAGAUGAUAACAUCAACGACAGAUUUAGGAAUCAGUUCAUCAUCCAUUCCAACAGCAACAACAACAACAUCAUCCUCAUCAUUGUUAUCGUCAAAAAUAUCAAAUCAACCAACAGAAAAUUGUUAUUAUUCAACUGGAAAUAACAACUUACAAAAUACUAAAUGUAUAAUUAAUAAAUCUAAUGAAGGAAUUUCAGAUGGAUCACCAUUAUUAUCUACCAAAGAUAAUAGUCAUAAUAUGUCAACUAGAUUACCACGAAUGGGAACUCGAAUGGAACCAUCAAUAAUGGGUUCAAUUAGUUCAAAUGAUUCCAGUGGUUCAUUUCAUGAUAAAAAUUUAAAAAUGUCAACCAUUACAACAACUGGAAAAUUAUCCCAUGGUCGAUUCCCAUCAAAUAUUAGAGAUCGUCCAGUUUCAUCUGAACGUCAUGAAUCACAAGCUCAACAACAGCAACAAACUACAUAUUGUCCUGAUUCUAAUUCUAAAUUAAUAGAACCUCAUUCAAUUUAUCCAGAUAAUUUAGAACAAAGUAGAUUAAAUGGUAGCGGAGAUACAAGUGCAUAUUGUACUAGUGAAAGUAGAAAAAGUCAAAAUGAUUCAUCAAUGAAUAACACUCAUAAUUUUGCUAAUAAUAGCAGUGAUAUUAUUAACAAUAAUAAUAGUAUUAAUAAUGAUGAUCACGCUACAAGUAAUGGAAGUUUUACUGAUCAACGUUUCCAUUGUAUUACUACUGGUUGUAAUAAUAAUGAUAAUAAUACACAAUAUCCACCGGUAACAACACUAUCGAAUAGUGAUUACCCUACAAGAACUAUAAGUAGUUUACAUUAUAAUGGAGACAGUGUAGGAGAAGGUAUAGCUGCCUCAUUAUCCGACUUGGGCGGUUCCCUGUUAUCUUUAUCUGCAGUUAUUCCUGAUCCACAUCAUUACCACCACCAUCGUCAUCACAGUCGUCAUCAAUAUAACUCUAGUGAAGUUAAUAAUUCUAAUCAUCAUAUAACACCAAAUGAUUCCUUUAGUCCAUCAUCUAAUUGGUCAAUUGAUGGGAAUUCACAAUAUACUACUCAUAGUAAUAAUAAUAAUCAAUAUAUUCAUCCUGAUCCAAAUAUUAAUUAUACUGAAUCAUAUUAUACAUCAAUUCGUCAAUUCAAUUCACCAGAACCGUCUACAUCAACUUCAUUAUCAUUAAUUUCUAGUAGAAAUCAUAAUAAUAAAUCAUCAAAUGAACAAUUACCAUCAACAUCAGAUAAUAAUAUUAAUCAUAAUUUACAAGUGAAUAAUCCAUUCAAUUAUAAUAAUACAAGGUUAUUGAAUGAGCAAAAACGUAAUGUGAAUUUUGCAAAAGAUGUAUCUAUAAAAUCUAAUACAAAAGUUCAAAAACCCAAUUUUUAUCAACAACAACAUCAUCAAAAAUUACAUAAUACUAAUUUGAUUUCUGAACAUAAUCCGGAGAAAUUUAUAAAAGAAGAAAAAUCAUCUUUAUUAAUAAAUCAAUAUAAAAAUAAACAAUUACAACUUAAUCCAUUAUAUCCUUUACCAAUAUAUUAUAAUGAAUAUUAUUAUCCAAUCAAAUAUAUAUCACCAAGGAAAUGUAUGACAACUACAUCAAAUAAUAAUAAUAAUAAUAAUAAUAAUAAUAGUAAUGGUAAUAGUGUAUUGACAACAAUGACAAUCACUAAGCCAAUACCAUCAAUGAAUAUUUCAAAUAAUAAAUUACAUUCAUAUGAAUUUUAUGAUAAUUUUUGUUGUUCAUUAACAAAUCAAACAAUAUUAAAUACAAAUAAAUCAAAACAUUUAACAGUUCAAUCAACAACCACAACCACGAUGGUUCAACCAUUGAAUGAAUUAAUGAAUAUGAAUAAAACUAAUAUAAUAAACGAAGAACCGAUUCUUUCAGAUAUUUACGAAACACCAUAUGCAUCUGUAACGAUACACGAUGAACCAAUCGGUGAUCAAUAUCCAAUGAAAGGUAUAUCAACAGAUCCAUGUAAUUCUAUUCCUGGACUAUCUAUGAACAGAACAGAAGAUUGUUCUAACCUCUUACCUAGGCCCAAUAAUCGGUCAUCUGUUCCAAUUAAUAAUAAUAAUAAUUCAUCCUAUACCCAAUGUAUUACUGACCAUGCUGAAUUGAUUAAAAUGAAAACAGAAAAUCCAUCACACCCCAGAUUAUUUAAUCCAUAUUUAUCUUCCAUAGGCUAUUUAGACUGUAUCACUAAUAAUCCUCUAGUUUAUCCUCAUCCAGUGUACACAUCAGCGACAUGUCAUUCUAAACAAUAUCAAAAUACUGCUCUCAACCCUUCUGCCGUUACUGGUGCUGUUUCCUCCUCAUCUUCUACUGCUGCUACAUCUACUAUUACAGCUACUGGCAUGCCUCUAUCUGGACAAGUUUAUCCAAUGGAUAAUUGGAAUAUGAUGGAAUGGGUAGUUAAAAAACGUCCAGAUGGAACACGUUAUAUAACCCGACGACCAGUAAGAAGUCGAAUUCUUAAAGAACGAGCUAAACGAGUAGCUGAAGAACGAUCCGGUAUUACAACUGAUGAUGAUGCUAUGAGUGAAUUAAAAACUGGUCGUUAUUGGAAUCGUUCAGAACGUAAAAAACAAUUAGAAAAAGCUAAAGCUGAUAGAAAACGUAAACAAUUAAAUACAAUUAUAAAACAAAAUUCACAAAAUCAUAAUAAUGAAUUAAAAUUAUCACAUAAAAAUUUAUCCAAUUCUUGUUCUACAAAUAAAAAUGAUGAUACAACAUUAGUUACUAUGACAACUGUGUAGAAAAGAAAAAUAGAAGAGAAAGAUUUUUACUGUUAACUCAUUAUGUAUAGUUUUAUUUAUUUGUGUUUAUCUUAUUCAAUUUUUAAAAAAAAAAUAUAUUUCUAAGAUUAAUAAUGAACAAAACUUAUUAUUGUGUGUGUGUGUGUAGAUAUUUAUUAGAAUGUUGACAAUACCACUUUGUUUCCUUUUUUUUCGCCUGAAUGUUAAUUUCCAUUUCUUUCUUUUUUUUAAAAAUGUGAUUGUUUACAGAUUAAAUGUAUAUUAAAUAUGAUACUUCAAAAGCAAACAAACAAUCCAAGAUAUCAAGACUAAACUCUUCUCUUCUUAAUCUUAUACUAUUCACCCCUAGCCCUGGUUACAGUAAACAAAUGGUUAUAAAUCACAGAUACGUAUAUGUAUUAAUUAUACACAAGUAAAAUAUACAGACAUUUGCUUAUUAUUCACAUACUAUAAUGUUUCAUUGUAUAUACAUUUACAUAUACAAUUACUUAUUAUUGUAAGCAAUAUAUAUAUAUAUAUAUAGAAAUAAUGAAGAGAUAAUUUAUAUAACAGAAAAUUGUUAAGUUUCAUUUCGCCGCCCCCCCUCUCCUCCUCUUUAUCCAUUCAUUCAUUGAUUGUUGACAACAAAUCUAUAGGGCAUUUUACAAAAAGAGAAAAGAACAAAAAAAAACCACUCAAUAAAUCAAUGUUCUUUUUUUUAUUUAAAGAAUACACGGUUUCAAAAAAAAACAAAAAAAAAAAGAAAAAUCUCAGUAAUUAAACUAUGCAUUUUUCUUCUAAUUGAAUUGUCACAUUGGGAUUAGAUCAUAAAACAGGGUUAGAUAGAUAGAUAGAUAGGUGAUGUGACUUUUGUGAAUAUAUUUUGUCUUCUUAGUAUCUUUUAUGACACUUUGUUGUAGAUACAUGAGAAAACAAAAUAUUUGUCAUUUAUAAUGAUGAGAAUCAGAAAUUUAAUUUACU